AUGUCAUAUACUAAUGAAACUAAUUUACAAUUUUCAUUUACAUUUUAUUAUUAUGUACGUUAUCUUGGUGAUUGUGAAAAUAUUGAUAAUCCAAAUAAAUAUGGUAAACCAUUAUCAUUACCAGAGAAAUGGCAACAAAUUCCUAUAUUAUGUUUAACAUUUAUUGCACUUAUAGUCAAUAUUAUAUCAUUAUUUAUAUUUAUAUUUGGUGAAUACGCAAUAAAUCGUUUAACAAGAUACAAUGAAAUGAAAACAAGAACAAUAUCAUCAACAUUAUCAAAGAAUAAAUUUAUUACUAAAAAACAUAAUCGAUCAAGAAGUUCCUUUUUAACAAGUUUAAUUAUAUUAAGUAUAUUUGAAGUCAUUUUCAAUUUAUUUGCAUUUUUAUUUAAAUUAAUUGAAAUCUUUUCACCAUAUUUUAUUCAUCAACAAAUAACAUUGAAUGUCAAUAAUAAGCAUAUACCACCAGAUAUAAAAAUAAUUAUAAUACCAAUAUUACAUAAUAUAAUUAUGUUUAUUGCUGAUAUUGGUUUAAUGUGCAGAAAUUGGUGUAUAUGUUUAAUAACAAUUGCACGUGCUGAAGUUGUUAUAUGGCCAUUAGGUUCGAAAUCAUGGCAAUGUAUAUUAAGAAAACCAUAUAAAUUUAUAUUUAUAUUUAUGAUCUUUUUUAUUAUAUCAAUUAUAAUAUCCGCUUUUAAACAUAUAGAUUAUAUUGGUUUAUUAUGUUAUGAUAAAAGAAGUCAAAAAUAUGGUUUAUGGUCAGAAGAAUAUUAUUGGAGUUAUGAUGGUUUUUUAAAAUAUAUGUCAUUUAUUGUAUUACCAUAUCAAGCAGUUAUACCAUGGUUUAUUAUUACUCUAUUUACUAUACUUAUUUUAUUUAGAUUAAAACCAUGGAAAAAUGACAAAAAUUUAAUUUUAUUUACUAAUAAUACAAAAUCUUUAGAGGAUAUACCUGAUAUACAAAAAUCAGAACAACAACAACAACAAUGUUGUGUACAACAAGAUGCUUUAAGGAAACGCCAACAAGGUCAAAUUAAAGCAACAAGAAUUGUAUUAGUUGUUGCUAUUUUAUUUGGUUUAUUCGAGUGUAUGCAUUUCAUUGUAUCAAUAUGUCAAACAACAAAACUUAUAACUAAUAAUUCUAUAAAUCGUAUAUUAGAAACAAUUGGUAAUACAUUUAUAGCAACUGAUUCUAUAUGUAAUUUCUUUAUAUUCAUAUCAAUGAUGUUAUAUUUUCGUCAGUUAUUUGCAAAAAUAUUUCUUUGUAAAGAAAUUAAUCAAAAUAUGAAUACUACUACUACUACUACUACGCUUACUACUACUACUAAUAAUAAUAGUAAUAAUAAUAAUAGUACUGUUCCACAAAAGAACACAUCAUAUACUUCUGUUAAUCAAACAUAUAUGACUGAUGUGAAUGAUAUGAAUAAAUUGAAUAGUGAACGUCCAUAA